UUUUUUUACAGCCACGCAAAAGUUAAAAAAUAUGAGCUUUUUUAAUUUUGUCAAAAAAUAUUUAGCAAUUUAUGAAUCAAAUUUGGUGUCUGAAGAUUUACCUGACCCGGGCAAAGAUCUAGAUAGCCAAUCUAUGAACAUGGAUUAUAUUAUUGAGCCACCUACAGCUUUUUCAGAUACGUCCACUCAGUGUUCAUUAUUGACACCUAUCACAGAUUCAAUGUUGCAGUAUAUAGAGUCAUUAUACUAUGUUUUUGGAUUUACCGAGACUAGCUCUUUAAAUGAGGUGCAUAAAGAACCUGCUUUAUCAUUUAUGAAGUUUGCAGGAUUACCUGAUGAAGUCGCAGAUUUGGUUAUAGAAUUAAUGAAAAUGCGUCAAAAUGUAUUGCAACCAAAUUUAGAGUCACCUCCAGUUAUGACAAGUACACGUGUUGAGAGAUAUACUCAGACAAAUUCUGUAUCUGAAUUAAAUGAUUUAACAGAGAAUGUCCUGUAUACAGAGACGGGUACUCAGUGUGAGUUAUUGUCACCAUCCACGGAUUCAAUUUUGCAGAAUAUUGAUUUACUAUACUCUGCAUUUGGAUUUAAAUAAAAAUUGAAGGAAGAUUAUUAUGAUUAAAAAAAAAUUAUUUUUGAAAGAAAUUGUUGUUAAGUGUUAAACAGAUGAAAAAUUAUAAAUAUU